AUGGCCAAGAACGUGGUCGGUCUUGUGAUCCUCUUUGUGGGUUUCUGGGGCAACGCCAACCUCCAGACGCUUACAACGUAUUUGCACCAGACGCCGAGCUUCAACUUGGGCUACUACGUCUACUGCGGUCCGGCACAACUGGCGUCGAUCGUUGGCAUCAUGACGGCCACGUUGAUUCAGAUGUGGUUCAACCCGCGCCUCGUGACCCAGACGUGGCUCCUUCUAGUGUUCAGUCUGGUCAACUGGUUUCUGGUGUUUGCGCUCGAGGCAUUCGUGUUUCCACGCAUGAGCAGCUCGGUGCCGGGACCGUGUGGGCUGGCCACGUCGACCGGCUGCCUCCAAUACACCGCCAUCAAACGCAACUUCUAUCUCUCCGCUGUCGCCUCGAGCGGCGUCGUUCUCGUUGCCAUCGGCUGCGUCUACCUCAUCUCGCUCAAGCAGCGCAAGACGGGCCACGUGGUGCCGUCAGCGCACUCGGUGCUGACGUACCUCCGAGUCCCCGACUUGCGAUCGACUGUGACGUCGCUCGAAGGAUGCCUCCAGCACAACAAUGCUGCGUCCGACGACGUUGGCAUCGACGCUGGCAUCCUCCUCACGAAGAACAUGCUCCAGGUUUCCGAUACGGUGCUCACGCGCACGACGAACGUCCAGUACGAGCUCAUCUACCGCUUGCUUCCGACAACCUUUCUCAAGCGACUCUACAGCUCGACCGUCGGGUCAAUGCUCGUGGUGCACAUUGAAAAGCGCGCGCUGACCCACGUCUCGAGCUACAAGUACCUCCACGAGAUGGGCAUUGGUGGCGGCGAUGGCCUCUCGGGGUAUUUUGUCUAG